GCCCCAUGGAGAGAAUAUAACCUUAGCAGUUACCAGAGCGAGAGAGGGAGAGAAGCAGUGUGGAGUUGAAUUGAAAGAAAGAAAGAGAAAGGAAGAGAGGCAUCGAAUUGAGGAUGGAAGUUGAAGGAUCAUCGAAGAAGAUGAUAGCGACGCAGGAGGAGAUGGUGGAGGCUAGGGUUCCGAUACCGUACAGGGACCAGUGCGCCCACUUGCUCAUCCCUCUCAACAAGUGCAGGCAAGCGGAGUUCUACCUUCCCUGGAAGUGUGAGAACGAGCGCCACUCUUACGAGAAAUGCGAGUACGAGCUUGUCAUGGAGAGGAUGCUUCAGAUGCAGAAGAUCCGCGAGGAGCAAGCCCAGUUGAAACACCAACACGGCGCCGUUCCUCUCGUCCCCAAAACCGCCAAUAUCUGAUUCUCUCUCACUUUCCCUCUCUGCAAGGAACCUUUGCUUGGGUCGGAUGUUCUUUCAUGUUUUUCUAUUGUAUGGAGUCAAAGUUACAUUGGAAUGUUUGUCCAGAGACUACUAUAGACUGCUUAUACUUUAUUUCUUGCUAGUUCCUCGGUCGUGGGGCCAUGUUUUUACUUGAAGAAAUAAAAUUUCUAGCAAAGGGAAAUACUAAUUGAUUUGUUUGACAUGCAUCUAUUCCCUGCUCUUAAUCACUUAUAAUAGCUGAC